AUAAAUAAACGUACAAAAUUUGUGAAGCAGAACUAUAAGUCAACGGAUAAGCACCUGGAAGAAAGAGAAAAACAACCGUCGUCAACUGUCGUGUCCGGCAGCAUCUCCACCGGUCACCACCGGCUGAAAAGAGCAAAAACCACCGUCAUCAACCACUGCGUCAGCCGGGCACUCCAUCGGCAACUAACGCUUAAGCUGCCGGAAGUAGAAAAAAAAUGUCCAUUUUGCACUCGCCAUCUCUCAUUUUCAACACUAAAACCACCAUUAAACCCUACUGCCUCAUUUCAUUUCUUCCUUAUUCUUCAAUCUCGAACUUUAGAUUUAGAAAAUUUACAAUUCAUUCAUCCUUUUCAUUAUUUAAUGAUCCUCAAGAUUUUUUUGUACCAAAAUCUCCGGGCAAUAAACUCAACCAAAACGACAGCAAUUCUGAUGAUAAACAAAUCUCAUUUGUUGAUGAGUGGGGCGAGAGGUCGGAACCGGAUACCCGACCCGUAACGAAGUUAUCAGAAUCGGAUCCUCCUAUAAAUGAUGACGAAUGGGGCAGAGGAGCUGAAUUAGUGGGGAGCAGCAACAAUCCAGUAAUUGAAGAUGAGUGGGGUGAGAAGUCGUAUCCGGAGCCCCGGCCCGCUCCGACAGUGUCGGAUUCGGAUCCUCCUAUAGACGAAGACGAAUGGAUCGGAGCUAAGCCAGUUAAAAAUGAGAGCGUUUCUGAUAAUAAAACAGCGUCGGAUCCGGAGACCCGACCCUUAACGAGAUUACCAGUUUCGGAUCCUCCGAAAGGUGAAGAAGAGAGGGUUGCAGAGCUGAAAAGGUGCUUAAUGGACACGGUUUAUCGGACAGAAUUUGGGCUCAGGGCCUCAUCGGAGAUUCGGGCCGAGGCUCUGGAGCUGGUUUCUCAGUUGGAGGCAGCAAAUCCAACUCCGAGCCCAGUUGAAUCACCUGAGUUGCUUGAUGGGAACUGGAUUUUAGUGU